CAUUUAGUUUAUUUUUGCAAGCGUCAGUUCGUUUUUUUUGUGAAGAAGUGGCGCAAAUUUGUUAAUAAAUUUCGUUUUAAUUAUUGUUUGUAAAUCCAAAAGUGUUGAGAAAAUGGAUAAACAGGCUCCACAGUUGAAUAUGGAUACAAAUUCCAGGCGAAAUUUUAUACGCUUCUUCAAAUCUUUGGGUGAGAAACCCUCUACUACUGUACGCUUCUUCGAUCACAGCGAUUGCUAUACGGUUCAUGGCAAAGAUGAUGCAAAUCUUAUAGCCCGUAUGGUCUACAAAUCCACAGCCUACAUUACGGAAAUGAUACCUGAUGACGCCACCUCAAUACCCCACGUUACAUUGUAUAAAAAUAAAUUUGAAUCUGCGGUUCGUGAACUUUUACUUGUUCGAAAUUAUCGGGUUGAAGUCUAUGUUCGUAGUGCGACCGGUAACGCGAAUUGGAAUUUGGAAUAUCGUGGUUCGCCGGGUAAUCUUUUGCAAUUUGAGGAUAUCAUUUUUACCAAUAAAGAAGAACUGGUGGGCAACAGCAUUCUAUCGUUGCAAAUGCGAAUGAACAAUAAUGCCAGGAAUAUUGGUGUUGUGGCUGUGGAACAAAAUGAUUGCCUAUUUCAGGUAUUGGAAUUUGUUGAUGAUGAUUUCUUAACGGAGUUGGAGGCAACGGUUGUUCUGCUGGGUCCCAAGGAGUGUCUAUUGCCUUCACAGGAGGGAGAGUAUGAAGCCGUUAAAAAUCUGCUGGAACGUAACGGCAUCAUGGUUACAGUUGCAUCUAAAUCUCAAAUGGCCUCCGAAAAGAAUGAUUUGAUCCAAGAUUUAAAUAAACUUUUACGUUUCAAUAAGGGUCAACAAGAGGAUGCGACAGGUCUGCCGGAAUUAACAUUUACCAUAGCAAUGGAAGCUUUGAAAUUGGCCAUAAAAUAUCUUGCCCUCAUGAGCGAUAGCAGUAAUUUGGGCCAUUACACGCUGCAACAAUUGAAUUUGAAAAGAUUCGUGCACAUGGACGCGGCAGCUGUAAGUGCCUUGAAUAUUCUACCCAAACCGGGAACCCAUCCCUCGUCUCCUGCCUAUAGAUGGCAAAGUGUUUUGGGUGUAUUGGAUCGUUGUAAUACUCCCCAAGGACAUCGUCUUAUGGCCCAAUGGGUUAAACAGCCAUUGAGGAGCCGGGAAAUUCUAAAUGAUCGCCAUGACAUUGUUCAAUGCUUCAUUGAAUCGCCGAAUAGUUUAAAUUCCCUGUACGAAGAUUUUCUUAAACGUAUACCCGACAUUUUGAUGUUAACCAAAAAGUUGCUACGCAAAAAAGCCAAUUUACAGGAUAUUUUCCGGAUCUAUCAGGUGCUAUUGCGUACACCCAAGAUUAUAAAUUUGCUGAAAUCUUUGGAGAAUUCCACAGUGAAAAAUGUCAUUUGUGAACCUAUGCAAAACUUUUUGGAAGAUUUGUCGGGUCUCAAACAAAUGGUAGAACAAGUUAUGGAUUUUGAUGCCAUCGAGAAUGGAGAAUAUCUGGUAAAGGCUUCCUUUGAUUCCGACUUAUUGGAUAUGAAAGAACGUAUGGAUCACUUGCUGGAAAAAAUGGAACGUUGUCAGGACAAGGCCAAUCGUGAUUUGGAUUUGGAUAAAAAUUCUGUGAAAUUGGUUAAUGUGCCCAAUGUGGGCUACACCCUGCGCAUUACACUCAAAGAUGAUACGGUUUUGCGUAAAAAUAAGGAAUACAAAAUUAUCGAUGUGUUGCGGGGAGGUAUACGUUUUACGACCGAUAAACUGUCAUCCAUAAAUGAUGAAUUUGUCACUUUGCGUUCGCAGUAUGAGGAACAGCAAAAGACCAUUGUUGAGGAGAUUAUCAAAGUUGCGGUGGGUUAUGCUAGCCCUCUUACAAGUUUGAAUAAUGAAUUCGCCCAAUUGGAUUGUCUGGUUAGCUUUGCUAUAGCCGCACAAUCAGCCCCAAUACCAUAUAUACGGCCGCAAAUUCUUGAAGAAGGUUCCGGGGAACUUGUGCUCAAAGAUAUUCGCCAUCCUUGUUUGGAAUUACAAGAACACAUAUCUUUUAUUGCGAAUAGUGUGGAAUUCAAAAAGGACGUCUGUAAUAUGUUUAUCAUAACUGGCCCUAAUAUGGGUGGUAAAUCGACAUACAUACGUUCGGUUGGAACUGCUGUUUUAAUGGCUCAUGUUGGCAGCUUUGUUCCCUGCUCGGAAGCCACAAUUUCCAUGGUUGAUUCCAUUUUGGGCCGAGUUGGUGCAAGCGACAAUAUUAUUAAAGGUCUGAGUACCUUCAUGGUGGAAAUGAUUGAGACUUCGGGAAUAAUAAGGUCUGCCACCGAGAAAUCCUUGGUAAUUAUUGAUGAAUUGGGCAGAGGUACCUCCACGUAUGAAGGUUGUGGUAUUGCCUGGUCUAUAGCCGAACACCUGGCCAAGGAAACAAAAUGUUUCACAUUGUUUGCCACACAUUUUCACGAAAUCACCAACUUGUCCGAAACUGUGCCCACCGUCAAGAAUUGCCAUAUGGCAGCCGUAGCAGACAAUGAUAAUUUCACAUUACUGUAUCAAGUUAGGCCGGGCGUUAUGGAGAAAAGUUUUGGCAUACAAGUUGCACGUUUGGCUAAUUUCCCCGAAAAAGUUGUACACCAUGCCCAACAAGUCUACAAUGAAUUCGAAGAUGAACAUGCCGAUAAACAGAGUUGCGAUGAUAAGGUGUUAUUGGAGAAAAUUAACAAAGCCAUUGAGAAUUUAUCGACAACGGGCAAUAAUGUAGAUAUUAAUGAAAGCGAUCUGUCCAAAUUGGUGGAACAAUUCACGCAGGAUAUACGUAAAUUGGAUAGUGAAUAUUUUAAGUGUGUUUUGGCCACAGCUGGAGCAACAGAAUAAUCGUUUAAUCUAAGUUCAAAAUUUGCUCUCACAUAAUUUUUAAUUGUUUUGUUUUAAAAACAUUGUUUGUUUUCACUCAAAAGUGAAUAAUUUUGAAUCGUGAAGGUAAUUUCCAUUUUCUUACAAGGCCAAUUAGUAUUUUUUUACAGUACAGAUGAUAAGCAAACAUAUUCGUAGCACAUAUGCGUAUCAGAAUCUGUUCAAGGCAACAUAAUGGAAUACUCUGUCUUGAACAGGAACGUGAAGUACUUCUUCAAAUUGAAAUUCAAUUUGUUGAUAUGGGCGAAUAUGAUUUCUUUUCUCUCUGUGUAUAUAGAAUUCUAAGUUUUUAUAUCGUCUAAGCAUUUAUUUCUUAUCAAUUUACAGUAAGAAUAAUUAACAUUUAAACUCAUCCUGGUGAAGUUUUCAAGAAUCAAUAUUAGCAAUUAAAUAAUAAAAAUGUUGAAAUUUUCAAUACUCCAGAAUACAUGCUUCAAUCAA